GCUGAAUUCUGUCCUGUAGUUGAAUUUCAUUGAUUGCCAAAGUCAUAUUCAGCUCUUUCUUAGGCGUUAUAAAUAUCUAUGAUCCACCAUAACACCAUAUAGAGAGCUUAGAAGAUACGUGAGAGUUUCACAAGCCAAUAUUAUAAACUAGAGACAUCCUCUACUCAAAGCACGAUGUCAACACAUACCGCAUCACCAUUGAGAUCAUUGAUCUUAGUUGAAGGCAUCAUGAAGCUCGCAGGGGGUUUGAUGUUUAUAAUCUCACCCCAAACCCCAUUGUCUAUCGCAGUAGCAGCGCCCAUUCCGCCCUCAGCUCUACUAUUAAGCCGACUCCUAGGCACCCAGACUUUUACGCUAGGGAUAUCUAUGCUGCUCGCAUCCGCGAGAACACCAAAGGCCGCGGCGAGCAGAAGGAUAGUUUAUUGGACCGUAUUCGCGAGGGAUGCUACUUUGGUGACAGUACUCACGUCACAACUUUGGUUCGGGGACAACACUGACGUUCUGGGUUUCUCGCCAAAAGGAUUACGUUCAUGGCUCGCGGAGCUGAUGCCCUUCUGCUUAGGCCACUUGUGGAUUCUAAUAACAAAACCCCAUUGGUUUUGAUAGUCAUAAGCAGCCACGUUUGACGGAAAUCGUGUUAAUCACAUGUACUAGGUAGAGAAGUACAAAGUCAUCGGACAUACUAAAGCGAGAAUUAAGAUGAAAGGGUAUA